UACUUCAGAUACCUGUCAGAGGUGGCUUCUGGGGACUCAAAGAAGGACACGGUGGAGAACUCUCAGCAGGCCUACCAGCAGGCCUUCGACAUCAGCAAGAAGGACAUGCAGCCAACACACCCCAUCCGGCUGGGCCUGGCCCUCAACUUCUCCGUCUUCUACUACGAAAUCCUCAACUCGCCCGAGCAGGCCUGCUCUCUGGCCAAGCAGGCUUUCGAUGAGGCGAUCGCCGAGCUCGACACCUUGAACGAGGACUCUUACAAAGACAGCACGCUGAUCAUGCAGCUACUAAGGGACAACCUCACUGUGAGUAUUCAAACCCCCCCUCCGACC